AUGCCAGCAUUGUUUUCUGAUCACACCUUUCGCCAUUACGCCUAUCUGCGGGACAGCCUUUCCCACCUUGUGCCAGCUCUCAGUGUAAGUUUAAAAAAUAAUCAUUUUGGGGAUUUGCUGCCAGAAAAGAGACUGACUAUAGGGUGAUACCCAAGGGUACAUCAUUCUGCACAUUUAGGUAAUGUAGAUUUGAUAUGCUCUAAAUGGUGAAUAGAGCUUUGAAGUUAAUUUCAUGAGCUGGGACUAGAAUAUAUAUUUUGGCUUGCACUAAGUCACUACAAUCCUAUCUCUUCUGCAGGUUAUGUGUGUAUAUAUAUUACCAAUAUCUAUAUCUAUGUAUGUACCAAAUGUGCUUAGUUUCCAUAAUGUUUCUCUAUCAAACAUUUUAUAUAUAUAUAUAUAUAUAUAUACAUACACACACAAAAAGAAAGCGGCUCGAUCCUCCUUUUCCUACAGAGCACCGCAAUUAUGGAACGACCUCCCACACACUUUCAAAUCUUCCACAAGCCUAAAAUACUUUAAGAGAUCCCUCUCUACAUAUCUCAAAACAGAAUGCACCUGUCAUGGUUGAUUAUAUAUUUCCUAUCUGUUCUAUGUUAAAUUUUGUAUAUAUUUCGUAUUAAUAUUGUUUUUGUAUUUUAUUGUACCCUAUUGUAUCAAUGCAAUGUUUUGUGAACCCAGGACAUACCUGAAAAUUAGAUAAAUCUCAAUGUAUCCUUCCUGGUAAAAUAUUUGAUAAAUAUAAUUUGUGUAUUAAAUACUGGAUCCUUAAUGAAUUACAUUAAUAAAAUAUGUUGUGUCAGAAUAGGUCUCAAAAUGUGCUUCCCUAUAGUGCAGGUCCAUGGGUAGCACUGUCAUAGGCGACAUUACCUCUAAUGUAUUAAUUCCCUUUUAAAAACUAAAAUAAUGGUUACUCUUCACUGUAGAUUAAUCUGUUCUCAUUCAAGUAUGUUUGUUGUUAUGAUGAGCUAACACAUCCCAAUGUUACCUUGCGGACAAGUGUGGAUGCUGUUGGCAUUCAAACUUGUCUUCUGCAUGCCAGCUUACAGAUUAAUAUGUCAACUACAGCUAUUCUAACUAUAGAAGAGUCUGAAGCCGGCUAAGUUUGUUCCCACUACAAGAAAUCUAUUAUCCGUCUAUGUUUAAACAUGGUUUCUCCUGACUGUUAAGAUUUAUUUAUUUUAAUCUUCUUAUCCUCAGUUGCCGGGUGUGAAGUGGUCAUGGAUUCCAGAUUUGGAAAGAGAGGCCCCUCAUGAAGACCCCUCACAGCAGUUCCUGCAACACAGCCUGGAGAGAGUCCAUAACCUUCAGCACCUUGGUUCACAGGGGACACAGGAACUGCUCGAAUUCACCAUUCGGUAAAUAAAAUCACAAUUGUAUCUGUCUUGUCAUAAAUAUCUUCAAGGUGCAUAUACUUCCAGUACCAUGCCAGCUCCUUGUAACUUCAUUCAACUUCCACUGCAUUCCAUUUGCUUGAUACAUUUAUGAAAACCAUAAAAAGUAAGAUUAAUGAAAUAGGUGUUACACGCACUGAUUUAUAUAUUGUAGGGCAGUGAAGGCUAACCUUUUGGCAUUGUAGCUAAACAUCACCACUUGGGCUCUUUGCAUAAUUUGUUGAUGGUGGCAUCGUCGCUGAGUGUCCAGGGAUGCGGGGAAGAGGAAUUAUACUUACCUAAACCUUUGCCUCGCUGGAAUAACCAUGUUCUUUUGUCAGGUCCUCUUUAACUCCUGGAGAUUCAGCAUGCGCAUGCAUGAGUACAUGGAGGAUCCUACAAGAUCGCAGGACUCUCCAUAGACAGAGCCUUUUCCCUACUUUGCUUUAGUAUAUCUUUUGCCUAGGAUGAAAUUUCAGUGAUUGUAUCUGUAUGAAAUACUCAUUUUGGGAGGGGGGGUUGUUAAUACAAUAACACUGCUGUGCAAAAGAUUGUCCAUCACUGUCCUGCAGUAUUUAUAUCUGUUAUAAUGAUUCUUUACAAUGGAGUUGUAGUGCUUAUGGAGCCUGGAGUGUUUUUUGUAAGAUUAAAAAGCAUGUUGUUUUUUCUUUCCUUAGUGAUCUGCAGAGAAUCGGAGAGCUUCAGUACGAGCUUGCGGGAAUGGCAGAUUUCUCUGCUACUUAUCUGCGUUGCCACUUACUGCUGAUCAAGGUUUGGUUUUCAUUGUAUUUUCAGUGAAUUAGGAAAGUGAAAGAGUCCAAUGUUGCUUGUGGGAGUAGCCAUCUUUAAAGUAUAUUUGUCAUGCGUAUACUGACUUGUACUCUGGAGUGGAUAUGCAACAAAAACAAAGCAAAAUAAGCUAAAGUCUUUUGCAGCUUAUGAGCUAAAAUUAAAAAAAAAAGCAACCCCUCUCCCAUCCCCCCACCUUAAAAUAUUCUUCUAGUUUUACCUCAAAAAGGAGAAAAACAACUAUCUGGUGUCAAUUGCAAUCAAUCCCUGUAUUAACAUGCUGUAUUAUAAAUGUUUAUUUUCUUCUCUGCUAAAAAUGCAAAGUUAUGUCAGUUAUAAAAAGGACCUGCUCAUUUGGACAAGACAGCCUCUCUAGACAGAGACCAGGCAACAUUAUUCACAUGCACUAAACAAAUGGUAUUUCUAGUAAGCUGAAAUCCUGUGUGUCUGUUUUCCCAUUUCUGCUGCUUUAUUUAAAAACAUUGCAAGCAUCAGCUGUGACAAAUCUAUUUGUGUUCUAUUUUCAGGCCUUGCAUGAAAAGCUGUGGAGUCUUGCAGCUCCUCUCUAUGUCAGUCAGAAUUCUGUGACAGCUGCUGCAGUGAAACAGGUAAAUUAAGAAUUAGUGUGUCAAACGGCAAUAGCUUGGUAGUCUAAGUAGCACAGUCUAAAAAAACAAACAAAAAAAACAAAAACCCUCCUUUCGACUAUUCAGUAAAAGUUUAUAAAUAAUCAUUAUUUUGUGGAUAAACCCAGUAAUCUUCAGGUUCUUGAUUCUAUUACUAGAGAUAAGUUAAUUUGUAGUAAUUACAUAGCUAUUUUACUUUUGCAUCCUAUGGGAAACCUGCCAUUCUGCUAGCAGACAUAAACAUAUCCCUAGUGAUAAAAUCCAGCCCCUUUUGUCUAUCCCAGUUUUAAGACCUGUGAUAAAGUAUUAAAAACAAGCAAUGUGAGCUGCCUGUCACGAAGAAGUUAGGUGCAUGCUGGUAAUAUAAAGCAGUGUGAGCUGCCCGUCAGGAAGAAGUUAGGUGCAUGCUGGUAAUAUAAAGCGUUUCACACAUUGUAGAAUUUGCUACACUAUAACAAUGACAAAAGGGAGAAUCAUCCUGACAGACAAGGAAAGAGUGACUUAGAGAGAAGGAAUGAUGUACAAAGCCAUUGAGGUAAAGCAACACAAAGACGGUGACAGAGAGAGAUAAAGGAGAAAGUUAUACUGAGGAAAAAGUGGCACCAGAGUGGAGACAGUGGGGGAUGACACCGAGUGAGAAAAAGAGAGAGAAAGUUACAUUGAGGGAAAGCGAUACAUGACAAGGGAAAACAUUUUGAAUGCAAAAAGGGCAAGCAGAGUUCAAUCCUAAAGCCAGUAGAUGUAGCUAAGGUUUAUACCCAGAAAAAAACACACAGGCUCACAGGAAUGGCAUAAACACAGAGUAACGAUUACACAAAGACCAUGAUUAUAGAACAAGCUGCUCUGCAGUGGCUUAGCAUCAUUUAGAUAGGCUGGAUUAAUUGCAUGACUUCUUCCCUUUUAAUUCUUAAAGUUCUUAGAAUUUAGUCAUUAUGACCCCCAGAGUUGGGAGAAUGAUAGGAAUCAACACUUGCUGGUUCAUUUUCAUAUCUCGGUAGCUAUUGUGGGUGCGUCGGCGUAGUGACAAAGUUAUGUUCCAGGAUUCAGAGUUCCAUUUCCUACUGUAUGUCUUUGUCUGUUUAGAUUUUUUGGAAACCAUAUGUAUGUUGACUGAAAUGUGUUGUUGGGGAUUACAGUUUCACUUUUCAAAAGAAGUGUUUAAUUAGCAUCUCUACUUUGUUCUUAGAUUUUGGAAGAAACUUACAAGAUGGAGUUUAUGUACAGUGGACUUGAGAACAGACAGGUGGCUAUAAUACAUCACAUGAGGCUACAAGCAAAGGCUCUACAGCUACUAGUGACAGCCCGAACUACUAAGGGGUAUGCUACAUCGAAACGUUAAAACAUCCUGAAACAGCAGAAAGUACCUCUUGUAGACCUCCACUAGAGGCAGACUGAACCCUUCAAUGAAAGCACUGUGUUUUCAGCUGUAGGGCUAAGGGAACAGGGACACUGCUCCCAGACCACUUCAAUGAGAUGAAGUAGCCUUUAUCAUCCUUCUUUUAUCAGCCACGGUUAAUGUCAAUUCAGAUAUCCAGGUGGUUUAGUGGGUAUUUGUAACCGUUUAUAUUUGUUUUAUUUGAAACUGAUGUAACCUCCACAGCGUAAUUCAUCUACUUUGUUACUAUUUGUAACUCUAGUAUGGAGAUCACAGAGUUGACUCCUAGUUUGCUUUUUUUUUUUUUUAAAUAAACUUGACAUUUCAGGUUUAAGUAAUAAACCAGUCCUGUGCUGGUUUGACUGUCUUUGGGGAUAUCGGAUGUCUAUACCUGAGCGUCUAUCAAGUUUAGAGAAUAAAUCCAUAGGGAGUGAAUAGAGAGGUCAACUUUAUUGAUAAUGGCUAAAAGAAGCACUUGCCAGGGAUAGACUGCAAUACAAAAUUCAGGAGUAUAUUUAUUUUUUAGAAAAACAGGAGUUAAACAUUUUAUGUCAACAAGAAUAAAAAAAUGUUUUUAAAGGUUAAAUUGAAAGCCUUUGUUAUUUCUAUAUAGUGUUAACGUAUCCUUUGUUUACUUUUUCUCUGUCUCUGUCAGUGUGGAACCGCUGUUUGGAAUGUGUGAACAAUUCCUCCAAGAGGUGGAUUCUAUUCAAAGGUUGUUGAAUUUUCUGAUCUGUUUUGUUUUGCUUGUAUUUAAAUGUAUGCAGAAGAAAAGCUAUUGGAUCCUUUUCCUUUUUUUUUUAUUAUUUAUGUUAAGUUUCAUCAGUAUACAUACUGUCAAAAAGAGACAUUAGAAUUUUAAUCCCAGAAACAGGCGGCUGUUAAACCAAAUAAUUUGCUUGAACUGCUGGUGUUAUACAAAUAAAUCCACAAAUCAUCCUUAAGGAGUGGGGUGGGGUCCGUCUGUUAAACUUUGUUGAUAAUGCUUUUUAAUAUUAUUUAAGGAAUGCUAAUGUGAGAGGGAAAAAUGAUCAAUCGCAAUAGUAAUGUCUUCUAUUUUCUAUUAACUAUUUUAGUGAGAGAGCAAAACGGAAGAGGAGGAAAAAGGUGGGGUGGGAUGCUCGUACUCUUACAAAUUUGUGGGUGUAUUCAUGUGUUCACUGCUAAUUGUAUGCGUUUUACAAUGUCUAUUUCCUAUUCCCUACAGAUGCUUUAUUUCAGAGCUCCCUCAGAUGCAGGACAGUUUUGUGGAUAAGCUGCUGGAUCUCAUGCCAAGACUGGUUAACUCAAAACCUCUAGAAAUGGUUAAAAUUCUCCAGACAACUUUGCGACAAAGCAGCUUCCUCCAUCUAACCCUUCCUGAGCAGGUAAAGUCCUUUCUCUAAUCACCAAAAGGAGAGACGGAAUGUGGCAAUGAUUCUAUUAUUAAUGUGUGACUGUCAUGCAAAAUGGUUUGAUUUCAAAUGAUUCUUUACGUGUGUGUAUAUGUAUUAAGGAAAAUUGUUUCAUACUUACCGUAAUUUUCUUUUCCUGAUCAUUAUUCAUGGCAGCUUUUACUCAUAGGUUAUCCUGAAGAAAUAUAGAGCCAGAUAGGAAUUAAGGCCAUGAUAGCCAAACCUAGAGAAGUAACAAGGCUAGACAAACUCUCGUAAUGAACCCAUCUUGUAAUGGAUAAAAAAAAAAAAAAAUUUUUAGAAAACCUCUAUGAAACCCAGACACGGUCUAGAAAUUAUAGAUUCAUUAUGUCAACAAUAGAAGAUAAUGUCCUUCUCUGAUAUAAAUUAAAAACCAAAUAGAUGGCAUCAUCAAAUCAGAACCUUGACAAAGGCAUAACUUCCAGAGAUCAUACUGGAACAAGCAGAUAAUGUUGGAUGAGAACGGUCACACCAUGCUAUUAAACAGGGGGAGAAUUACACUGAGAAUCCUACUACUUUCUGGAUGGAUUUAUUAAAGACAAUUCACACUGCUUCAUUUUGCCUUGUGAACUACUUACCUGUAGAUACAGGAAAUAAAUCAAUAUCUGCCUGUCAGAAAGAGGCAGAGCCUAGUAGAGAAAUAAGAGUCUGUUAUUAAAACACUGCAACAAUGACUAUAUAUUGCAAAAUCAGACUCACAACCAUACCUCACACUGUGAAUGAAUUGAUACAGUAAUGAUCAGUCACAGGAGAGGUAGAAACUAAUAACACAAAUAGAUAUUACUAGGCAAAGGCAAGAAGAACCAUAUCAUACAGAUUAGUUAAAAGAAACAUCGGUAUGAACCGUAGAAUUUGUGGCAACUACUAAAUUAUAUGUAGGCCAACCGCGUCAGUACCUACAUUCAAAGAUAAACCGAUUGUAAAUGGUACAGAUUAUACCAAACAGUAAAAUCAAAAUGAUUAGAGACUGUUGUGCGAUAUAAGUAGGAGUUAUAUAAAAGGCAGGAGACUAAUGUGAAAGUAGUAACCAGAGGCACAUUAUACAUUGUGGCAACAGACACAUAAUAAGCAGGGUAGUAGAAGAUAUUCAGUUAUCCUUAUGAGAACAACAACCGCAUACUUACUCUGACCUUAUCUUCUGAUAGUGAUGAAGUACUUAUGGCAGAGCCUAUGGUUAUAAUAAGAUCAGUCUGCAGCUUGUUUUACCUGCAUAGAUAUCAACACCAAUCCAAGCAUAUAAUCAACAAGUAUUUUCACAGAACUCCAUGCACAGAUUAUACCACUCACAUAUACGGAGGUUGUGACUAACAGAAACCCACACACACAGGUUGUAUUAGAUUGGACUCGUAUAUAGAGGAUGUGUCUUAUAUCAUUCACAUAUAUUGUGUUUCCACUAAUACAUCAAGCAUAUAGAGAACAGAUAUACUGAAGCAAUGUCUCCAACUUACAUACAGAGCAUAUAGAGAACACACACUGAGGCCGAGUCUUCAAACCAACUCUUACAUAGACAAUGUAGUGGAUACAUAUACUUUGGCUGUGUCCUCAUAGUAAUUCAUACAAAGAGCAUUCAACCAUACAUAGAGCAUAUAGUUGAUACUUAUACUGAGAGCAUAUACAGGACACACACACACACUGAGACGGAGUCUUCAUACCAAUUCAUACAUAGAGCAUAGAUUGGAAACCUACUGAUGCUGUACCACAAACCAGUUCAUGUACAGAUAUUGAGGCCCAGUGGUCUGAUAUGCAGUAUAUUCUUCCACUGUGUGCAAAAGCCUGCUUAUUUGUGAUAAUGCACAGAUAACAGCAAUCAAUGCCACAUGCCUUCAUAGAAACCAGUGUCUGUGUGGACUUAGAGCUAGUUUUUAAAACCUGUCAUAUACAUGUGUGUACUUCAAUCAGUCACCCAAGAAAGUUCUCUUACGUUGGAUAUUUCUCUGUCUUCAGGACUGUGGAAUACCAGCAGACUUUAAACAGCCAGGAUAUCCAUUAUUAGCACUCUUUUGCACCAUGCCUCCUUGCAUUAUCAGCACUAUUUUUAUGCAUCCUUUCAUGUAAAAACUUACCUAAAUGCUCACCACACAAACCUCCUAAAUGUGACCUGUUUGUUAGAAGGAAGCCUAAUGUAAGCAGCUGGGAGGGACUGAAAGAACAGAGACCCAGGUGCCCAUACUAGUUUUAAUCUAAAUUACUAUUGCACUUACCUGAACAGUUGCAGGCCUGUGUUUCAGCGGCAAAAUGGGGAUUUGAACAACUGACAGCCUAAACUGUUUAAACUAUAGGCUUCCAUCUGUACCCCAUAUGCCGUUCGUCAUCAGAAGUGGGAGAAGGUUUAAACCAAACCCCAGACAAGGUGGAAAACAUAGAAGAGGCAUGCACACGUAGUCACCUUAUGGAAGUGCUGUAUACUGGGUCUUCAGGGAUAAAGGCUUAGACUCGGCUGGGCCUCAUGUAUGCAGUGGACCGCUGUCAUCCCCUCAGGGAGAGAGAUAGGUCAGACCCCUGGUUGCUGAAGGAGGUACCCAGGCUGGCAACUCUUACCGAUAUGCUGUUUGCUGGGUCUUCAGGGAUAAGAGGCUGAACCCUGGCCUGGCUUCAUGUAGGCAGUAUAUCACAUUCAUCCACUGAGGGGGUACCCAAGCUGGCCUGUUGCUGGGUCUUCAGGGAUAAGAGGCUGAACCCUGGCAUGCAGUGGACCAUUUUCAUCCCUUUCAGGGAGAGGUUGGGUCCGACCCCUGGUUACUAAAGGUGGUACCCAGGCUGGCUACCUUACAAUAGUGCUUUGCUGGGUCUUCAGGGCUUAGAGGCUGAACCCCUACAAAAAUAUUGCCUGGUGAGCAUAGAAGAAACAAAUCUAGGCCUGCAUAAGCAGACUCCUUCCAAACUGCUGUGCAGGACAGGAAAAAAGACUGCCUGAUGGGAAGGGGGGAUGAUCUAUUUAUACCAGUUUCAGAGUUCUAUUUCCUGUCCUUUCUGCUGUAAGGGGAGGAGCUAACCCAUGAGUAAAUGCUGCCAUGUUUGAUCAGGAAAAAUGCGUGCAUUAAUACAAAUAAAUCAGCCAGAUGAACUGAUAACAAAUGCAUAAAUUCCGAUGCGUUUAUCCAAUUUCGACUUUAAAUCUAGCCCAUUCAGAUCACAGGUAAACAUGACAAAUCUAUAUGCUGCAUUUUUCAUCUAAUGUGGCAGCCAUAUUGGGAAAGAAGGAAAAAAAUUUUAAGUAUAUACUUAACUCUGGAGUUAUCUAUAAAAAGUGUUCUGAAAAGAGGUGCAAAGAUGUAAAAGGGGCAGAACCACCAGUUCAAGGUGGCUGCUGGUUCCCGUGGUGACCACUUUUUAGAGAACUCAUUUUUAUACAUAACCCAUCUAUAGUAUUUGCUUACAGUUUUGCCAAUGUGCAGAUUACAUUUUAACCCCUUAAGGACACAUGACAUGUGUGACAUGUCAUGAUUCUCUUUUAUUCCUGAAGUUUGGUCCUUAAGGGGUUAAUAUAUCUGAAGCUGAUCAUCCACAUUUUACUUAUAGAAGUGUCACCAGAAAUACUGUUUACUAUCUCAACAGUUGUUGUAUGUCCUUCGUGCACUCAUUUCAACUCACAAUGCUUAUUAUAUUAUUAUAAGGUUGUAUUUGCACAGGGCAUGUCUAAAGUUCAUGGGUGUGGAAUUAGUAUCACCUGAUGUCUGGGUCAUGUAGUGCCAUGUAGGUCAUGUAAUGCCAGACAGGAAUUCUUUUCCACAGGAAAGUGACAGGGUUGCUAGUAGGGCAACAGCCCCCCACCCAUAUGCCCCCUUUGCAAAGCCAAGCAUGUGCUCUGCUCCUGCGGCAGGUACACACUGCUUUAAGUGCUCCCUUGUGAGCCCAGUGCCUAGUGAAUGCGUUGGAGUGGAUCCACCAGGUACUUUGGACGGGAAGUAGUGAUUACUGUGGUAUGUACCUUUAGAGGUGCAGACCAAACACACCCUUGCUGGACCAUAAGAUUUUUUUUAAAUUUUUUUUUAAGGAAUGGUAAACAGGACGAGCAACAACACAAUGCACUAGCACACACUCACUGCAAGCAGCUGACGCAAAGCCACCAAACACACACUCUAGACAUACACUUUGGGGGAGAAAAUGAGACCAUGUGAUCAGGGCUCCAGGCAGGAGCUCCAGUCUAUGAAAUUGUAUUGUGGGUCAGAACAGGUAACAUGGGAUAUCACUUUAGUCCAUGGGACAAGUCGUUUUUUUUUUUGUUUGUUUGUUUAUUUUUCACAAUUCACACCUCUGAACGUUAUUGGCUAACACCUUUGGGAAUUGUAAUAAAAAGUUGCCACUAAUGUAGCUCUUGUGUUGUUUUAAUACUAACAUUGUUAUCCUUCCAGAUCCACAAAGCUUCUGCCCAAAUUAUCGAGCCAGCAGCAGAGUCUGAUAACCCAAUUCGCUUCACCUCCGGCCUGGUUGUGGCUCUAGAUGUUGACGCCACAUUAAAUCACGUACAGGAACCACAGAGCACAGUGAAAGUACAGGUACAAUAUAUGAUGUAUACCAGGAUAACUAAGAUGUGGAUUCCAGUUCGGCAAAUAUGAAAUUGAAUACAUUAGAUAAUGUCGCUCAUCAGUUAAACAAAGAACCCGCCUCCCAUUUCUGGAUUCUCCCACAUUACUUUUGGGGAUAUUGUUUGUCGUUAGAAAAGCUUUGUUUGUUAAAUAAUUUUUCUUUAUUAUUUCAUGUUAUCAUUCAGGUUGUAUAUCCAGAUGGGCAGAUGCAGAUUAUCCACCCUAAGCCAUCUGAUUUCCGGAAUCCAGGCGAAGGCAGGCACCGGCUAAUAACUCAGGUUUAUCUUUCACAUACAGCAUGGACAGGUAAGGGCGAAAUAAAGAUGACUUAAAAAGAAAUCAGACAUAGGGCAGAAAGCUGGAGUGGUUAAUGAAAUUAGUGCAGGAAUGUACUGUGUGAACAUUAAAAGUGAUCUUCGUUAGGAAUGUGCAGUGGGUGAGUAAAAGGAAUAUACUGUGGAAAUUAACACAGGUUGUCCAUAAAGAGGUAUUAGAAUAUGGUUGUCUCUCUGCUGGAUCGAUAUAAAGAUAUACUCUAAAUACCAGAACAACUUAAUAAAGGAACACUAUAGUCAACCAAAACAACUUAAGCUAAAGGAAGCAGUUUUGGUGUAUAGAUCAGGCCCCUGCAGUCUCACUGCGCAAUUUGCCGCCAUUUAGAGCACAGAGCAGGUUAGAGCGACAUCCAUGCCAGGGUACCACCAGAGGGAUCAGCAUAGAAGGUAAGAGACAUAGUGGAACAAUACCUGUCCCUUGCGGCGCUGUGCGAUCUCUUUGCACUGUAGUUGGAGCCGGUCUGUGGAUCCGGGAAAAAAACAACUGCCUCGGCUUGUCUAGGUGACAUCAAUGCUACCAUGAUGCACCUUAAAAAGUGCAGCAACCCCGGGCAAAAACAUCUGAAGCGGAGGCCCGCAGCCUACCACACGGAACGACCACGAGUGGCUCACAGGGCCUUUCUCUCCACUGAGCCUCCUGAAACAGAGGUCUGACCCCAGCGAUACAACUGCGGCCCUGCCAUUUAAAAUGGGGAAGAGAUCGCAAAAAGCAAAAUGGCGGCACCGGAGGAACAAACCGCCCAGGCCGAACCUCAAGACCCAAUGCAGGAUGACCCUUCCUUGCAAACUCCACCACAUGUACCGUAACUGACUACUCCCAACUGCAUAAAUGUGGCAAAUCUGGCCACCAAAUAAGACAUUAGAAAUGUGGGAGACUCCUUCCGGGGGCCCAGCGUUUCUCACAGUGAAAGGUGCAGGAUACCACACCUAGCAGUGUUUCUUUUUCUUGAAAUCUUCCAUUUUAUAAAGUAGGAAAAAGGGGACACUCAUCUAACACCUUUAGGGGGUUUGCAGCGUCCCGUUCAUGAAGUCUAGUCCUUUCCUACUUGGAACUUAAGUAAAGUUUCCUCACGUUUUGCCUGCAAGAUAGAUGUAACAGGCAGCACAAUAAAGUAAUUGUUCUGCUUAUCCAAGAGGAACAUGAUCAAGAUCCAGAUGUCUUUUUGUGGCACUGAAGAAGGAAGUCUUUGUUUGAUGUGUAAACCCUAAUAGUUCCCCCUAAGUUCACACCUUCGAUAUCAGAUCUCUGGGUAAGCCCUACAAUCCAAUCCAACUCAAGGAGUCCUUACAGAAAAAACAGCACUGCUAAGGGUGACUCCAUUAGUACAGUGUCCUUUAAAUGAGUCUUCAGUAGAAUUGAUCUGCAUGCUUGUCAUUUUGCUAUAUGUUUUAGAUUAGGUAUUGGGUCCGUUGGGCCUUUUUGUUAGGGAUGUUGCUAAUUAUUUUUAUUUUUUUUGGCAUGCUUAAUCUGUCCAGUUUUCCUCUCUUUUAUUCCUCUACUUUAUGAUAAAUAAAAUCUCUUGUGUCAGGUGAAAUUUGUGAGGAAAUUGAGAGGAAAAGCUCUUGUACAUGUGUUGUCGUUACUAGUAGGAUAGAUCAGUAUCUGAAUAAGGACUAUAUAUUCAUAUAGCUCUGUAUUUUCAAAUGUUUUACAUUAACUUAAAGUCGUCCCAUUUAUCUUCCUUAUACCAGAACCCUGUCAGAUUGAGGUGAGACUGUUGCUCGCCUAUAGCUCCAGCAGAAGCAAAGCGUCCAGUCGGUCUCCCACACCAUGGGGAGACAGCACAGAAUCUAUCCCUUCCACUGAGAACAGCACAGAGGGCACAAUCCAUCUUAGCAAACCUGUUAAAGUCUUCCUCAUGCCUAAACCAGCCAGGCGGUAAUGGAUAUACUUGUAUGGAUAUAUGUCUUUCCUGGUGUUGGGAAGCAUUGCAUUGCAAGGACACAGAUAAGGACAUGUCAUGUGAGGCUCACUUGGGAUGAACAAACUUUCCUACUCCAGGUGUUGUUGGAUCACAACCUCCUUUACCCUCAGCCAGCAUUCAGGGUAACAUGAACCAAAGUGUGGAAUGUUACCACACUAGAGAUUUUGACGUAAAUUAUUUUUGAGUGUUUCUUUCAUACACUAUCGGGAUAUUCAAAGCAAAUAGUAAGGCAUCAAGUAGAAAAAUCUCGCUGUAUUUUUAUUUAUUUUUAUCUACUUUUGAGGUUCGCUUAUAACAUUGGAAGAAAAUGUUUGUCAAACCAGCUGUUCCUAUAUGCUUCCUUACCAUAAAAACACAUCUACAUGAAUAUCUGAUUAGGGGUAAAUGUGCAUUCACAUGCCCUUCUAAACUCCAUAAAUGUUUCCAUCAAUGUGAACUUAAACAAUAAAUACAUAAAAGAAAUGCUAAAGUCCAAGUUCUCCCCUCAACCCAAACCUCAUUGGUAGAGGUCAGGGUGGAUGGACUGCGAGGUGAAGGGGGAAAGUGCUACCGUUAGCUUUUUGCUAUGUUGUUUUGGGCUGGCUAAUAGCUAAAAGGCUAAUCUCUCUGUAUGUGCAGCAAAAUGCUUCACAUACAGAGUACAGUCAUUGUGACCACUUUAAAUAUUUGAAAUGGUCGUGGUACUUUGAAUAACCCUUAAAGUUUAAAAACAACAAUGCAUCUAGAAGGGAAGUUGCUCCUAGAUGGGAUCAUCAUGGUAAGUAAAACUACUAAACUGAUGCUUCUCCAGUGUAUGUUGUGAGGACAAAAAAAAUGAAUGAAAAAUAAUGUAAUGAAUAGGAAAAAUCCUUGCUUGUAGUUGCUUAUUUUUUGGUUGAAAAAGAUAAUAGAAAUGCACCAGGCAGUAAACAAAAUAUUGUACAAGGAAAAUAAGUUAAAAUACAGGCAAAAUAAAUAAUGGGGAGACACUGCUAAGCAAGAAAGUGUGCGUCUCACGUCUAGCAGUAGCCUGUAUUUGGAUUUAUUAUAUUUGUACGUUUACUUUAUUACUGCUUUGUGCAUUGCUAUUCUCUUUUUCCCCAAUAAAUAAGCAACUACACUACAAUGAUUAUCCCUGUUCAUUACUUUGGAGAUUCUUAAGAGUGCAAUAUACUUCAUGCUUUUCAUUCAUCAUAAUAACUAUACUGGUUUAUUGCUUUAAAUAGAUCAGUCUGUGUUGAUAAGAGUGAUUGUGCUUAUACAUACAUGCAUUAAAGUUCAUUGCCAAAAAAAAAAAGUUCAUCUAAAUGGAUAUUCAUUUUGAUCUAUGUAAUUGGAAUGAAGGCUUCCCAGAUGUGGACUUGCAGUUGAUUAUACUAGGGGCAGCAAUCUAAUUGAAUACCCUCACAUCACAAGGUAGUGUGGUGUUAAAUAUUGGAAACUUGUUUUGUUUCACUUUAAAAGCACAACAAAUUUGAUUAUUACAAAUGGAAAUAAUCUGUUAAAGACCCCUAUCCCAUGUACAAUGUACUUUCUUUCCUUUUAUUAAAGUGGUUUUGUGCAGGUGACCAUUUCUACUUCAAGUAUGUGAAAAGGUUAAUCUAUACAUUGAACAAAUGAAAUUACCAGUGAAUGUAUAUCUCAGAG